GCGUGCUUUCGCGUUCGGAGCGUAGUAGAAAACGGAGUGGAGAGCCAAGAAACGGCAGAUAGAAGGAGAAAAAGGAGUGAAAUGGUGUGAAGUGGCGCGCGCGCGCAGCCCGGCAGAGGACAUCACAGGCGGAGGAUUACGUGCGUGUGUCAAAUUACUGUCAAAGUCAGAGAAGUCCCGCUUUUUCAUGCUGUCCUCACGGCGCUCUGAGCCAGUAACGGACCGGGCUGAACCAUGCAGAGGCUGCUGCUCCUCAGUCUGGCGCUCACGUUUCCAACCGUGAGGACGGCGAGGUUCUCCCAGGAGCCGGCAGACCAGUCGGUGGUUCGGGGCCAGAGGGUGAUCCUGUCCUGCGUUGUUUUCAACUACUCCGGCAUUGUUCAGUGGACCAAGGAUGGCUUGGCUCUGGGGAUCGGCGAGGACCUCCGGGCCUGGCCCAGGUACCGUGUGCUGCGGGUCCAGGAGUCGGGUCAGUACAACCUGGAGAUCCUGUCAGCCGAUCUGUCUGAUGACGCUGUGUACGAAUGUCAGGCCCCCGAUGCCGCCCUGAGGUCCAGGAGAGCCAAACUCACCGUCCUCAUCCCUCCAGAUGAUCCUGUGAUUGACGGGGGACCGGAGGUCUUGCUGAAUGCAGGAGAGUCCUACAAUCUGAGCUGCGUGUCUCGGGGGGCCAAACCGCCUUCGACUAUCGAGUGGCUUAAAGACGGGCUCCCGGUGGAGGGCGCCGUCAGCAUCACGGAGGUGCUGGCAGACAGGAAGAGGGUGACCACACAGAGCCACCUCCCCAUCCACCCGGUAGACACCGACACUGGGAGGAACUACAGCUGUGUGACCUCCAACCUGGCCGUGCCCUCCGGCAAAAGCACAACCGUCACCCUGAACGUGCAUCAUCCACCAGUAGUGACCUUGUCCAUUGAGCCGCGCUCUGUCCUGGAAGGAGACAGAGUCACUUUUACCUGCCAGGCUCAUGCCAACCCCCCCAUAAUGGGUUACAGGUGGGCGAAAGGCGGCGUGGUGCUCCAGGGCGCCAGGGAGAGUGUGUUCACCACCAAAGCGGACCACUCCUUUUUCACUGAGCCAGUGUCCUGUCUGGUUUUCAAUGCUGUGGGGAAGACCAACGUCAGCAUCCUAGUAGACGUUCAGUUUGGGCCGAUCCUGUUAGUGGAACCACAGCCAAAAACAGUUGAUGUCAACUCGGACGUCACGCUCAACUGCAAAUGGGCUGGAAACCCCCCACUCACUCUGACCUGGUUCAAAAAGGGCUCCAACAUGGUUCUGAGUAACAGCAACCAGCUGUAUCUGCAGUCAGUGAGCCAGGCGGAUGCAGGCCAGUACGUGUGCAAGGCCAUCGUCCCACGGAUCGGAGUGGGAGAGACGGAGGUCACGCUCACCGUCAACGGCCCCCCCAUCAUCUCCAGUGACCCUGUCCAGUAUGCCGUGAGAGGGGAGAGAGGAGAGGUGAAGUGCUACAUCGCCAGCACCCCCCCUCCUGAUAAGAUAGUGUGGGCCUGGAAGGAGAACGUGUGGGAGAAGGAGAGGGGGACGCUGCAGGAGAGGUACACGGUGGAGCAGAGCAAACUGUCCGCCGAGGGCGGCGGCGUCCUCUCCACCCUCACCAUCAACAACGUGAUGGAGUCUGACUUCCUGUCCACGUACAACUGCACGGCCUGGAAUUCCUUCGGCCCGGGCACCAUGAUCAUCACGCUGGAGGAGAAAGAGGAGGUUCCAGUGGGGAUUAUAGCCGUUGGAACAGUGGGCUCCACCAUCCUGCUCUUCAUUUUUCUCCUGGUUCUGGUUCUCAUCUUCUACCGCCAGCGCAAAGGCAGCCGGCGCGGGGUCACGCUGGGUAAACCCGACAUCAAGGUGGAGACAAUAAACAAGGAGACGCACAGCCUGGAGGAGGACUCGGGCAGCGUGUCCACAGCCUCACGCAUGGUCAAAGCGGUGUACUCGUUUCUCCCCUCUGUGUCCUUCUCUCCUUCCAAUCAGCCGUUUAAAGACGACAUAGAGCUCAAGUCUGACCUCCGGAGCGACACCCUGGACACCCGCCAGGAGUACGACCUGAAGGACCCGACCAAUGGAUACUACAACGUGCGGGCCUCCACCCAUGACGAAAUCCACCCUGCCUCCCGCCCCACCAUGCACUACUCUGACUAUCGCUCCCCUGGAGGGACACCAGGGGGCGCGGCGUCAAUCAGCAGCAGCACUGGUGGCUCUGGAGCCACUGCCAGUGGAGGAACCCCCGGGGCCCCUGGUCCGCUCACGUCCCCGGGGCGCCCACAGGCUUGCUAUGACCCCAGGCCAUCGUCCAGACUGUCGCACAUCAGCUACGCCCAGUUCAACACUUUCACCCGCGGCGGGCAAACACAACAGCCCCCAGCUGCCAAUCCUGCUUCCACAGCCAGCGACUUCCCAGCGGACUGCAGCCUCCUGGACUCCACCUCCCAACUGGCUUAUGACUAUGGAUACCCGUCGCACUACCAGACCUACCGCAUGGGCUUUGCACCGUCCAGCCUGGCUCCUCUGGAGGCCGGCCCCUCCUAUGAGAUGUAUGGAGUGGGAUCUGGGGUCAGCAGCCCUGGAGUUGGGGUCAGCCCAGGGGGCCCAGCUCCCAGCGGAUCGGACACCGGACUUGGAAAAUACGGCAGCUCCACUCGCUUCUCCUACACCUCGCAGCACUCUGAAUACUCCCACAGUCGACAUACGCAAAGAAUGCAGACUCACGUGUGAGACAGAGACGCAGCUCGCCGUCUCCGCUGAGCAGGGGGGGGUCUUAUAAAUAGCUUAAAAACACACGAAAUCACAAGUCCACGCCGGACACAAACGCAGCAGAACACACAGAAAAUCCAUCCCACACACAUUCAUGCACAGAGACGGAAAAUCCAUGAGACAGGGAGCGCUUGAGAAACUCAGAAGCAAAGCAGAGGAACAGGGGAGUUUUGGAGAGACGGGGAAGGGAAAUUCCAGCCUGGGUGGAAUUCCCUUACUCCCCAUGUGUUUGAACGUCUACGCUCUGAAAGAGCAGACAACGCAAGUCACAAUCAAGACUGGGAAAGAGGGGGGUAGGCCUGAAGAUGAGACAUCCCAGAGCUGUGGAGGCCUUAGCCUUUUGUUCACCGACAAGAGAGUCUGAACCUGAACAUGGAACACGCUGAUUAGAAGAUAAACCUCAGCCGGUCAAAUCCUUCUGGCCAACAUUUUUUCUAGUUUUCUUUUAGCUGGUUGUCUUACUGAGUGAAUCAUUAAGCACAUCAUGAGUAACCAUGUGUACAGUUGCCUCCUUUGGACUGAGUGGAGCGGAGAGGCUUCCUCACAUCCACAGCAUUCGUUAAUGUUUGGACAUCUAUAUCCCUGUUAUGUCUUCUGUUUAUUUGCACAACAGACUAGAGCUUUGUAUUCUAUUUUGUAACAUUACACGUGUAACGUACGUACGGACCAAACGUUUGAGCGGGAGAAGGGGAGUGUGCCAACAGCGGAGCCUCAAUCCGGGAAGUGCUUGUGCCAAGUCGCCAUGUUGUUCUUCACCGUAGACCUCACUUGUUCAGACCAAGCUCCUUCCUAUUGGCGGGUGUUGUUUUACACACCAGGCUGGGGAAGGGGCUCGAGUCCACUUUGGAGGCCUUUUUGUCCAAAACUGAAAGCCUGGUUCUUACAGACAGAGAAAACAGAUGGGAGAGGCCUUAUUGGGGGGAGGGGACAUGUCAUACAUUUCCAGUUAGAAUCAUUUCUCAUCGUCUGUCUUUCGAAACGGCCAGAGGAGAUUGCGUACGCAGAGGUUUGGUGAAGACUUUUCCACACGAUGGACAGUGUGUGAGUGUGUGAGAGGGAGAGUGAGAUGCUGGGUGGGGGGGUGUGGGUGUCCACAUGGAUUUGUACAGUGUGUUUGUAUAGAAGUGUGAAUGAAUGGAGGGGAAGGCGUCACGCUGCGUGACUCUGGGAUGCACGUGUGCAGUACGUUUGUGCGUUUCAGUGUAUUUCUCUCACGAUCCUGUUCCAGUACUUUUAUACCUCUGGUAGGACUGUACCCUGUAUUAUUGUGUCUUUGAAUUUAGAAAAUGUUUAUCUUAUCGUACUGUUCGUAGCAGAGACAAACUGUUCAUAAGAUGUACAACAAACGUUAUCAAACUCUCAUUUUUUUAUUUCAUUAUCUUCAAUAUUUUUUAAAAAUGGUAUGUAAUUAUUUUUCCACAGUAUUACAUUAAUAAAAGCACUGUUUUUUAUAAAAUGCA